AUGGGGGGGCCGCUUCCUGCAGCCACCGCCCCCCGCCGGGAGGGGACCGAGGACGGGGGAGGGGUGCGCCCGCAGCCCCCUCGCACCCGCAGAGCCCUGGGCGAGCCCGAGCGCCCGCCUUUCCCCGCUCCGGACCCCCGUGCGAGGGGCUGCCACACCGCGACCCCACGAAGGUCACGGCCGCGGCCGGGCGGGGGGAUGUCAGGCGGGGACCCACACGCAGGGGACCGCCCCUCACCGCCGGACCGGGGGGUGCGGGGCUGCACCGGCGUGUGCGAGCACUGCGAGGAGAAGGGGGGCACACGCAGCCGCACGAUAGCGCCGGGGGCGGGGGGGAUGCGCCGCGCCCCCACCCUGCGCCAAGACCCCCGGGCGGGAGAGCCCCCCCCAAACCGGUUCCACCGGGACCAGCCCGAGCCCCACGGCAGUCCCGCUCCCUCCCUCCCCCCCGCGCUCCCUCGGAGCCUCGGGGGUCCCCGGUGCCGGCGGGGGUCAGGCGGGGUGAGGUGCAGCCCCGGCCCCCGCCCCCGCUCCGGCGGUGGCAGCUCCGUGGCGCGGGGGUCACGGCGGCCGUGGCUAAAGGUCGGCGUGGGGCCGUCGCCACGGCCGGGACAGCGGGAACGUCGAGCCGGAGGCCCGGGCAAGGCCGGCCAGUCUCGGGGUGACCUUGGCCUGGCCGCCCUGCCUCAGUUUCCCCCGCGUCGCCCGGGGGUCGCACCGGAGCCCGGCCGAGGCCGCAGCCCCGCGCCCCUCCGGCGGCACCGGGACCAUCGAUCCCGGGGAAGGAUCCGGUCCCCCCCCACCCUCUCCUCGGGUCGGAGGACGCGGUGGUCCGCCCCGUCCCUCUCCCCCUCGGCGGAGCUGCGCGGGGAAGGGGAGCCCCCGCCACGCCCCGCAACCCGCUCGGCGGGGGCAGCCCAGGGGUGCAAAGCCAGAGCCCCCACCCCAGCGCCGGGGACGCCCCUCACUUGCCCCCGCCCCAACCGGGAGCGGCUGAACCGCCCCCCCCCGCGCCUUCCCCCCCCCUCCGCGCGCUCCGCUCUCGGCGCAGAGAAAAAAUAA